AUGGUCUGGUACGAUUAUUUGCCUCAAAUAGUCGCGGGAGUUAUAACUUUAUGGGUGUUGAAAAUCUCUUACUUUUUCAUAAAACGUAGAUAUACACAAUCUUCAGUAGUUUAUAAAAAUUCUACAGAAGAAAGCGAUGUCUAUGGUAGCAGUGAAAAUGUAUUUAAUGAAUCUUCACCAGAAAGCUUGAAUUUAGAUCAAGAAAAAAAAAUGGUGGAUAUAAAUAAUGUUACAAGAUGUAGUGGCUAUGGUUCAACUGAAGAUGAAAUGCUGGAAAGUAAGAAUUAUACUACAACUCAAGAUGUUUCAGACACCUGUAUAUUUAAUUCUGAUUCACAUUCAUCGAUUAUGUCAUGGGAGUCUUGUCAUGAAGGAAUCAGCCACUCUGAAUUGGACUUUGUAAAUCAUCCAGAAAUAUGCAAACCGCUCAAUCUAUGCAUGAGGGACAAAAAAAAUGAAACAGGGACAAAUAAGAUAUGUAAAACAUUUUUCACGGACAGAAAACAUAAAAGCAUAAAAGUCAUACAAAAGAAAACCCCAGAAGAAUAUUUAGAAAAAAAAAUAAUUGAAGAUUAUGAUCGACACACACUAAAUAAUGACAAUUUAGAUAACACAGAACAUGAAUUGAAGCAUGAAAACAAUUUGGAAAUCACAAAACUGUCUUCAACAUAUCAAGGUGAAUUGGAAGAUGAAUACAAUUUGGAUAAUACAGAAUAUGAGCUCAAGAAUAAAAACAAAUUGGAGUUAACGAAAAUCUCUUCUAUACAUCAUGAUGAAUUAAAGGAUGAAUACAGUUUGGAUAACACAGAACAUGAACUGAGAAGAGAUGCACACAAUUUGGAGAUCACAGAGCUCUCUUCUACAUACCAAGAUGAAUUGGAAUAUGAAUACAGUUUGGAUAACACAGAAUAUGAGCUCAAGAAUAAAAACAAAUUGGAGAUAACAAAUAUCUCUUCUAUACAUCAUGAUGAAUUAAAGGAUGAAUACAGUUUGGAUAACACAGAACAUGAACUGAGAAGAGAUGCACGCAAUUUGGAGAUCACAGAGCUCUCUUCUACAUAUCAAGAUGAAUUGGAGUAUGAAUACAGUUUGGAUAACACAGAAUAUGAGCUCAAGAAUAAAAACAAAUUGGAGAUAACAAAAAUCUCUUCUAUACAUCAUGAUGAAUUAAAGGAUGAAUACAGUUUGGAUAACACAGAACAAGAACUCAAACAUGACAACAAUUUGGAGAUCCCGGAAAUCUCUUCUAAACGUGAAGAAUUGGAGGAUGACUACAGUUUGAAUAACAGAGAACAUUCUUCAAACGAAGAUCAUGUGAUGCUUGCAAACGUUCUGGAGACAACUAGACUUUCUCCUAUACAUCAGGAUGAACAAAAUUAUGAUUGCAAUUUUUUAACAAGCCCGGAACUCUCCUUAAACAAUGACAAAAGCAUUUCUAGUAUCGAUAGUCCUAAUAUCAAAUUUCAUUAUGAUUAUGAUGAGGUUCAAGACAUCGACGGAUGUUGCAAUACUUGUUCGUCUGAAUAUACAGAAUCAUUUCCGAGUCCUAUAUUCUACAACGAUAGUUUAAUCGAUGAUAUUCGGUAUGUGGAAGACUAUAACGAUAUAAGCUUUUUUGAUCCAUCGUUAUCAGAUGAUGCCAUGAAUGAAGCUUUUGUAGAAGAUUAA